AUGGAAACUUCUCCUCCAGGGGAAAUUACUCCUCUCUUAACUUCAUCAUCUCCGGAUCCUCCACCCUCCUUCUCGCGUAGAACAGGCCUAACAAUCCUCUCUAUCGCAACCUCUCUCUUUAGCUUCCUCUUUACCAUUACCACCAGCAUCUGGAUCAAAUGCUCUCCUAACGGGCCCGGGCUCGACUGGGCAACCGGCGAAUGUGCCAAUUUUGUCUUCAACUUGAGCAUCCUCUCCGCUAUCAGCCUAGCACUAAACAUCGCCCGCCAUCGUAAAGAACCCAGCGGGCUCUAUGCGCUCUUCGCCUUCGUUGUUGACGCCUUGGUUGGUAUGUGGUGUGCCGCGUUCGCGACACGUGGGUUUCAGGAGUUGGGUUUUCGUCCUGCUUGUCCGUCUGGUGUGGGCGCAAAUAGCAUAGAGCAGUGUAGGUCGGCGGUUGUGGAUGUUCUGCUGAGGGUUGGGUUUGCGUUUGGGAUUAUGCUCGGUAUCGUUCAUGCUCUGUUCGUCCUAAGAGCCCUAGUGAGUGCAGUCCGCAAGAUACGGCAGGACAGCAGUACUUGGAGGUUCCCGACGGGGCAGAUUACUGUCGAGUUUACGAUCAAAGUCUUACGCCAGGAGGAGCGGAUGAAUAGCGAACGCGAACCACAUGUCCCUCAACCUUAA